CCUUGUAUAAAAGGCGCUGACAUUUCUGUAUUUUAUUUUGUAAUGUUGGUUUAGAGAGUAUCCUAGGAAGUGACGUAAGUCGGAGUUUAGUGCUGUGCUCUGCUCAUGGGAGCAAUUUAAUAUACUUCCGGGUCAGUUUGCUGCGUUCUCAGCAUGUGAGACCGCAUUCAUGUUGUAGUCUUGAGAAGUGAUGCUCCGAGUGUUAAGUUGAUGACGGAAAACUACUGGCAACACUGAGCAUCACCACGAAUAAACCAGAUCGCAUCUAAGUCAAGUUUGAUCUCAUGUCCUCCUUCCUGUAUCCUGACCGAUACACCAUCCUGUUUGCUGCAAAUAACCUAAGAACCUAACCUAAUUAACACUGGUCCUUCGAGCCGGAUAGAAGCUAUCAGGAUGGAGCCAGACAGAGCGUCAUUCCCUGAUGUGAGACCUAAACGGCAGUCACGCCGACCAAGUCGAUUUGAUGACUUUGAAGUUGAGUACACACAUCAUUCCAUUAGAGAAAUGCCACAUUGGGAAAUCCCACCACCUAUCCCAAGACAUGUGGAACACCAACCUCAGUAUAGCACUGCACCACCUCGCUACGGUGAUAGUGAUGUAACCUGCUCUCCUACUUCUCCUCAGCUGGAGAGAAGUGAACAAGGGAGGAACUUUAGGGAUCUCACGCCUGAAGUUUUCCCCUACAACCUGCUAGAGACGCCCAUCCAACCCUCUCAUACAGGAUUCAGAGCUUUGCAGGUGGAAAGAGAGAAGCUACUUCAAUCACAGGAAGUUCUACAGGAGGGCCUGAGAGAACUUAAUGAAGCAAGGAGUGAUAUCAAAGCACUGAUUGAAGUUGCUCACUCACUGAGAAAGGAUAUGGCUCAGCUGACUGCCUCAAAAUAUCCCAUUUAUCAGCCCCCUAUGAGCAGCUCAGAAAGGGUGUACACCACUAACACAAGGCCGAUUAAAGAUGAAGAUGAGGAGGAGUGGCCUGAUCCACCUCCGUGGCCUGAACCGGGAGAGGAGCUGCACACAGGAUUCUCCAAACUAAAGGUUGAAGAACAGUAUUCAGAUUAUGGCUUACAGUACUACCCCCCGCCUAAUACAGCAUCUUUGCCCCGUAAAUCCUUUCUGCCAACACGCAUCCCUCAGGAGCACAGAGGAAAUGUGUUCCACGCUUCUUCGCAACAUGUUGAGCCAUCCUCAAAGUGGGCAUCAAUAAAUGCAGGCCUGCUGCAACCAAACCCUGUUCAGGUUGAACCCCAUACUUCAGUGACGGGGGCAGCGUGUGAGAUGUCGAAUUGGCAUAAUUCAGCCCCACCUCUUUCAUCUGAGGCGGUAUAUAGGGGGCCCAAACCAACAAUCCCGAAGUUCCUUCAUUCAGAUCCUACUGAGUUUGCCAGGCUCCGAAUGGCCCUGGAGAACCUACUCCCUCGUAACGCAACCGAGCUCUUUAAGUAUCAAAUACUUGUGGACCAUCUUAAGUUUGAUGAAGCUCGACUAAUAGCUGAUGCUUACCUGAAUUCACCAAAGCCUUAUACUGAUACCAUGGCUGCCCUCCAUGAUAAAUUUGGACAACCUCAUCAGCUUGCUUUAAGGAAAAUCGCAAGUGUCCUAGAUGGCCCAGAAAUAAGGAGAGGUGAUAUAGUAGCUUUCCAAAGGUUCUCUCUCCAGGUGCAGUCACUAGUUGGUCUGUUGCAAACACUAGGACUUGAGGGAGAAGUGGAACUGAAUUGUGGCUCUCACGUUGCCCGUCUGAUAAGCAAGCUCCCUCCAGAGCAAAGAGCUGACUUUCGUCGACAUCAGUUCAAACAGCCUGGCACCACCUACACCCUUCAUGACUUAUCUGAAUGGCUACGCCAGGAGUCAUGGUGUCAAGGGUUCGAUAGCCAAGCUGGUGGGACGGGUAGCAGAGAACGGACCUGCAGAAAGGCGGAUGCCCAUCCCUUCAAACAGACUGUAACAGUCCUACAUAAUGUAAAAGGACCCUCCGAACACACUUCCCUGUUACCAAAGGAGAGUCGAGUUAGAGGGAAGAAUAAGCCUAUUGUGCUUACUGCGAGAGCACAGAACAUUAUUUCAGUCAAUGUGAUGGUGUGGCUAAGCUCUCCAAAGAAGAAAUAAAGAAUUGGAUUCAAGUCAACAAACGAUGCUGGCGUUGUGCCCGAAAUCAUCUAGCGGCUCAAUGCACACUGAAGAAGCCCUGCAGUCUUUGCCAAGGAAAACACCUGCUGGCUCUUCAUGAGGUAAAUGUCAGAACUGAAAGAUACGACACGGGUGUCUCUGCAAAGGAAGAAAGUUGCCUUACCAAUUCAGCGUCAGGUUCCCUCUACUUAGAUCGACAUGGGGUCGGCCAUCGUGUUUUGCUCAAGAUUGUACCUGUGGUUCUAAGUUAUGGGCAACACACUCUAGAUACCUUUGCAAUCCUGGAUGACGGUUCCGAGCGAACCAUGUUGCUCCCAGCUGCUGCAAAAAUCCUUGGUCUGGUGGGCAUCCCCGAGGAUCUUCCUUUACGCACCGUCCGUUACGAUAUUCAGAUGUUACAUGGACGUAAUGUAUCUUUCAGUGUCUCUGCAGCUACUAAUCCUGGGUUGCAACACAAGAUUGAGGGAGCAUUUACAGCUGACAGCCUCAACUUAGCUCAUCAUACAUAUCCUGUUGAUCAGCUGCGGAGGAAGUAUAAA